CUUCACCGUGGAACAGCUGCGGGUCUGAGUGGGGAGGUCAUCCACGGGAGGGCUGUGUCUGGUGUGUGCACCGUGGAGAUGUUGUAAUCUGGACUUCCUGACACUCUCUGUCCAUGAAUGAGGCUGUGAAAUCCUCCGCGCAGUCACGAUGUGGAAACCCGCCGGAGGACCGAGAAUCCCCGUCAGCUCUGCGGGGCCUCACGCUGCCGCCGCCGCCGCCGUCACCUGCCUGCUGGUCACCGGGAUGCUGGUUUUCACCGGCGGACACCCGGAGGAGAAUUCAGCUGCAGGGACGAGCGGGAAAGUCUUCUCGACGUAUUUCAGGAAACUAACCCGGGAGAGGAGAGCCAUCAGCGGCCCCCCGCGGAGCAGCGCCGCCCCCGGACCGGUGGAGCGUCUCACCCCGGAUGACCUGUUCAUAGCGGUGAAGACCACCGGCAGGUACCACCGGCAGAGACUGGAGCUGCUGCUGGACACCUGGAUCUCCAGAAACAGGCCACAGACGUAUGUAUUCACUGAUGGAGAGGACGAAGAGCUGAGGAAAAGGAUGGGCACUCACCUGAUUAACACCAACUGCUCGGCGGCCCACAACCGUCAGGCUCUCUCCUGUAAAAUGUCUCUGGAGUACGACACUUUCAUCAGCUCUGGAAAGAAGUGGUUCUGUCAUGUUGACGAUGAUAACUACCUGAACAGCGGCUCCCUGCUGAAGCUCUUGUCUCAGUACAGCCAUGCACAGGAUGUUUACAUCGGCCGGCCCAGUCUGGAACGUCCCAUAGAGGCCACAGAGAGGCUCGGCGCCACUGAGAUGAAGCAGGUGCGUUUCUGGUUCGCCACCGGAGGAGCAGGGUUCUGUCUGAGCCACGGCCUCACCCUCAAGAUGAAACCCUGGGCGAGCGACGGCACUUUCAUGGCCACAGCUGAGCACAUUCGGCUCCCUGAUGACUGCACUGUUGGCUACAUCGUGGAGGCUCUGCUCGGCGUGAGUCUCAUCCGCUCGCCGCUCUUCCACUCCCACCUGGAGAACCUGGGACUGGUGUCAGACGUACGCAACCAGGUCACGCUCAGCUACAGCACAGUAGAUAACAGCAGGAACACUGUUAACGUGAAAGGACCGUUUUCAAUACAUGAAGAUCCCACCAGAUUCAGGUCUGUCCAUUGUCUGCUGCACCCAGACACCCCUUGGUGCCCCCGGCUACUCUAACAGCCUCCCAGAGACGAAGAGGGGGGACGGACAGAUGAGGGACAAAAACGAAAAGAGUCCCAUUACUGUCCUCCUUUGACUCCUGAAGAAUGCCUGAGGCAGGUAACCCUUUGAUGCGUAGACCACAUGAGGAGAUACCCAUUUUCCAUUGGAUUUGGGUCACUUUUGACCCAGGUUAUGCAUCAAAGGGUUAAAUGUUUCCCCCGCAGCAGUCUGACUGCAGACUGAUGCUUAAGGAAGGAUUGCUGUUGUAUUAGUUUGACACCUGAACCCUUUAAUUAGUUGGUCUGUGUGAAAAAGUCAAAAACGGCAAUAAGAGACGACAGGCGAAUGUAACAGAGAGAACUUUGCUUAACAUUUGGCCUGAGGUUGUUGUUACCAAAAACAAAAGAGUUCAUCCCCUGAAUGUUGGUCGUUUUAGGACACCUCCACACACAGCUGAGUCUGUCAGAAACAUGCGAUGAGUUUGAUGCUAACAUUUGAUUGUAAUUUUUCAAACCUAGACGAUAAUUCUGAUCGGUUGCGGCUUGUUUCUUUUAUUUUUGGGCAUCAUUUCUUCAGUGAUGAUAUCAUUGUGAAAGAUUUUUGAGGCCAAAGCUGACACCAGUUUUAAAUCCCAGUAUUUAUAUAUCAGCCAAUAUCAGUUACAUACAUAUUGAAGAGAAGAAUGUAUUUUGCAAAUUUGUUAGGAACUUACCAUGAAGACAAAACUUGACUCCGUAACACCAUCUGCUUAGCUCUGCUACAUGUGCUGCAGACAGAAGUGAGAGCACUGUAAUGGAGUUUGAGCUGCUCUGCUGGACAAAGAGUGAAAUAACACCGUUUCUAAAUGACUCAAAGCACCUUUUUCUGCACUUUGUUCCAUAGAAACAGAGGUGGUCAUAUCAGACAACAUGUCUCCAUCUAUGAUUGGCUAAUAUCAGCCAAUAAAAUGAUCUGACUGAUAAAUCGGUAAGGCUCUACAUUGAUCACAAACUAGUGUUGAAUUUGUGAGCUUUAGUGCUUUAACUUCAAUUUUGUGGCAGAUGGAGGAAACAGAUGUGGAUCUGCAUUCUUUCUGUUUCCUGAUUCUCGCUCGUUUUGCUAAGCUGAGAGAGAAUUUACUGUAGCUUCAUAUUUGGAGUGUGUUUGUCUUUUCAUCCAUCUUCCCACAAGAAAGGAAAAGUGCAACAACAUUUUUUGCCCAUAUGGUGUUUUCCUCAGGCUGAGAAGUGCUGGCAGGGCGCUUCAUCCCAGAUCUUCAUCAAAAACCUUACAUAUGCUACAGGGUUUUUGUUUCCAUGACAGUAUCUUGACAAUAUAUCACCACUCUAUCCACCGUUGUAUGAUAGAUAUGAUUGGUUAGAGUUACACUGACAAACUGAGAUUAUCAUUCCUGCUAAAUGGCUAAAGAUUUAUUCCUGAAUCCCACCUACUGUCACAUCUUAAGUAUGUCUGGUUCACUCAGACAGACAGAAAGCUUUAAACUGCCUCUGCUUAAUGCAGCCUGAUGACUUUUGUACAUAUUUACCAUUUCCUCCCUACUUCCUCAGCUGUGACAGAUCAUUCUUUAAAAAAAAAAAAAAAAAAAAUGAAUAUGUUUACUCUGUUGCCCUCCCUGCUCCCUCAUGCUGUAUGCUGUCGUGUUAACCAGUUAGGAUUCGAUACGUGACACUGUUGCAGUGAACAGAUGGACUGAGGCAAUCUAACACAGAAGGAAGCAUCAGUCAUUCAUAGUUUUUUAGCCUCCUGAGGCAAAUGAAUUUAAACUCAUCCAUGUUCAGUAUUAUCCUCUCUCUGAAGUAUAUAUUACGACCGAGCACUUUGCUGUUUUAUUUAUGCUGUUUGCUGUUCAUCAUUUGACUAAAAGGACAUUAAAGGAAUAGUCAGACAUUUUGGGGCCUGUUUGCUUUGCUUAAACAAUUUACAAUGUGCUAAUGUGGCUUCAUAUUUACCCACCCAACAUCAAUGUUCUCAUCUGCAACAGAGAUUUCCCAAAAUGUCAAACUAUUCUUUAAUUCUAAUUCUGUGUUCUGACUUAACUCAUCCAGUAAAGGCUCUGACACAAAAUCUAUUUUUUAAAAAAGGUGGAUGUCAUCUGUUUUCAUCCGUGCAAAUGGAUUUUAAAUUGCUUUUAAAAUGUCGUAGCAGUGGAUUUAAGAGAUCCACUUUGAAGCUUUGAGAAAUGACUCACGUUGAGUCGUCUUCUAUUUUUCUGUGCGUUGAAAGCAAUUUUUGCAAUUGUGCUGCAAGUCGGUGAAAGUUAACUUAAAUUCUGUCCCUCGUUCCAUGAAUGCGUGUGAUGAACUGUUGCUUCUGAAGCAUACAUGCUGUCUCCAGUAUCUGGAUUGUAUGUAGACACUGCAGUUAAUAAAAACUGUUUUAAUCAAA